AAUUUGAUAUUUUUUCAAAUAAAAAAUGGUUAAAACUUGUUCAGUGAAAGGAUGCAACUCCAAAGCUGGUCAAGGAAUUAAGUUUCACGGACUUCCUAAAGGAGAUAUUUCUAAGGAAUGGAUUAAAUUUCUUGAAAAAAGUAAUCCAUCAUUUAAGCUAACAAAAACUUGUACCCUCUGUGGGCUACAUUUUGAUUCUGAUUUGGACUACGAAAUUACAGCUACCAGUGUAUAUCAAACUAAGCAAUUGAAAAAAAAUGCUGUCCCAAGUAUCUUAAACCCAACUGCACGUAGAUCAUUAUUUUGUGAGUCAAAUACUGCUUCUAAUUAUAAUGCAGAGGAAGAAGUUGUGACAUUGUCUUUAUUAGAUGCAUCUGCUGAACCUUUUGAAUCAUUAAACUGUUCAAUGUCAAGUGUAACAGAGACACUAGACACAGUUAUAGUUUCAACUGAAGCCACUGAACAAAAUACAGUAGAAACAAUAUCUAGUACAGAAAAGUCAUCAUCAGAUGUAUCUGCUAAUAAAAAGAGAAAAUGUUUUGUGGGUGAUUUUAAACAUAUUAAUGAAAUUGAUACCCCUAACAGAAGGUUGCAAUUUUGGAAUGCUUCACAUGCAACUGUAGAAAAUCAACGAAAACGAAUUAAGUUCCUGAAUAAAAAAAAUUUAUUAUUGACUAAAAGAGUGAAGACAUUAGAUGAUUUAGUGAAACAUCUAAAGGAUGAAAAAAAAAUGAUAUCAGAUAAUUGUUUUACAGUUCUGAAGGUAUGUAUUAUACUAUUGAUUUAAUUAAAUAGGCUGUAUUUACUAGUGGGUUAUAAACAUUUAGGAAACAUUGUCAAGUAGUCUGCACGAAAUGGUGAUGAAUCAAUUACAUACAUUUUCAGGGAACACAGUGACCCCAGAAUUACGAUCUUUUGCACUCACAUUGCAUUUCUAUUCACCUG